AUGAUUGUACCCAGGAAACUUGGGCAUUCCAGGAGACUUUACAGCGGCGCUAUCUCCCAGGAUUUUCUGAAAAAUGUGCUAGAACGAGUGAAAGAGACCGCCGCAAAAAAACCAACGUUUAAUCGGCCAAAUCCAAGAAGUAGGGCCCCUAGACGUGCCAAUGACAAUGGUGAAACCGGCAGAAAUCAAUAUGGCAAAAAAUCUGGCAACAGAAACGCUGUUUUUGCUAAUGGUCCUGCAACAAACGAUUCGAAUAUGGCCGGCAGAAAACCAGGUAUCAACGCUAGUAUCAUCAACAGACAGCCACAAUUUAGACGCAGAAGGACCGGUGCGGACGAUGUGGCCAAAAAAGACGCUAGCUCCGAAAGUAUCGGCAUAAUGGACGCUUUGGAUUCAACCAGCGGCGUUCAAUUCCGUCCGAACAGAUCACAACAGGCCUCGAAUUCAACGGGAAGAAAACCUCGUGCUCCCCGGACAGCACAGCGCUCAAUUCCAGGUCGCACAAACUCGUCUUCCUCAGUUGAGGGAAUCGCUUCCCAGGUUAGAAAAUCGACUCCUUCUCAACAGUAUUCACCAGAGGAGCCUACGCCGCUUGGGCUGCUUAAAUAUGCACCGAAAUUGGCCUUCAAUUCGUUUUCCAAGAUGACAUCUUUUGGGCUAGCAACUUUACAAGAAAACGACUUUCCACUAACGCGCCCUGUAAAUUUGGGAGUGGUAACUUCUCCAUCCGAAAAUCCCCGUAACGUAUCUUUGAGCCCCAAUUAUGCGAGUUUUAGUAAAUUCAUGCCUGCUUCGUCCUUAGCAUGGGGCAGGGAAAGACUAUUCAAAAAUACCGCAGUGUCGCUAGACGUGAGCCAAUUCGAAAAAGCUGUGAAGGGAGAAUACAUUCAUUUAUCGCCAGCUGAUCAGAAAGCUUUUGAAGGCAUUGCUAAAAACGCUAAGAAAAGAGAUGACUUGGUUAAAAACAGUGAUAUUGUUAGAUUAAGUUUGGAAAAAUCUAACAUGGACAUCGCCAGCAAGGACCUCGUGUUCAACGUAUGUUCGGGGCUCAAGCCAGUCUCUCAGCUCAAAGUGUAA